GCUGCUCUUCUCUCCUGUCGGUAAUAAGAGGCCUUAACAAACAAAUCUGAUGUACAGUCGAACCUAUCAACGAACGACAUUUUAUUUGACAUGCCUUGCUUUUGACUCCUGAUGUACCCAAAGUACUCCAGUCUGCGCGCAAAGUGGCUGUGACACUAACGACAUGCGCUGAUCACAAGCGCAACCUUGUCUUUACUUGAAGCUUUGAUGGGUUCGAUCUAGAGUAUCGGAGCCGCUUGCCUUCCCUCGUCUUCCGUCGUCCGUCGAAAAUCCGAAAAUCCGACGAAAGCAGGCGGCGUGCCGACUGGAGUGUGGUUACGUACCAACGACGCCAACCUCCAUCGAUUUAAGCGUCGUUGUAACAUGUUGAAGGUAUCAUGCGCUGAACCGCUGAGUGAACGAGCUUCCGAUACCAAGUGCGCUAACCUCACUGCUCGCCGACUGCAGCAUGCGCAUACAUAUGUACAGUGUAAGCACCAGUGCCUGCGCAUUAUGUCGAGUGUAUGAAAUGUCAGAGCAAUCAAAUUCCAACGAGGCAAAUCAAACCAUCAGUAACCAUAUUCUUUCUCGUCUAUUUCCACUGCGUAUUGUUUUCUCGUCUCAACGUUUGGCAGAAACGCUAAUCUUGUUAGGGCUUGGCUCGGCUCGGCGCGUGGAAGCGCGCGAGGCUUCGCAUAACUCAAUUACUCCUAAGAGCAUCAUCGAAUUUUGUCAUAAGGCUCCGCCGUUGGCUUUGCACUUGCCGACUAACUUUCUGGCAGAAUGAGCUGCCUCCUCGUACUACCAACGCCACACCUCUAAGCGAUCUUUGUCUCCUUUAGUCCCAAUUUCGUCUUCGAUACGCACGCAUCGACCAAGUUGUUUGUGCGUCAGCUCGACUCGGAAGCUCGCCGUCAUCCCCGUGGCAAAACACUGCAAACGUCGUUUUAGUUGCUCCUCUCGUAGUCCCUGUUCGAGCACGAGAACCGCGCAGGCAGGUUCUUCGCUGUGCGUCCCGAGCGCGGCUCCCAGCAAGCUCGAGAGCAGUCCAAAGAGUAGUCGUUAGCGAACGGACAGAUAGUCGGUGGCAUGCAGGGUCAGACACUCGAGCGCCAGGCGGCCGAGCUACCCAGCAGCGCCGACCGCAAGGUGCCGCGGUUGCAGCUGCUGAAGAGCGAGGCCGACGGCGGCGGCGACGGGGGCAAGACCAAGCGCAAGGCGCGCUCGACGCGCCGCCGGCUCAACGCCAUGAUGAGUAACGCCUCGCUGCAUUUCUCCGAUACCGACUCGGAGGGCGAGCUGCAGGCGCCGCGCGCCGUCACGCCGACCAGGCCGCCGUCGGCGCGGCUCGGCCUCUGCUCCGAUAGCCUGCUGCUGCGCCCGACGAUCUCGGUCACGCUGGACGCCAGCGGCGACGAUUCGUCGCGCGCGAGCGGCGACCGUCGCGGCAGUUUCCUCGACUGCCUGACCGACGUCGACGAGCUGUGUGCGAGCGAGCCCGAGCCGGAGCCGGGGUCAGAGGGCGGCGCCGAGCCGCCGGCCCCGCCGCAGGUCGAGACCGAGCUCGAGGAUCUGUCUAGCGACGAGGCCGACGAGCCGUCGAUCUACGUGGAGCCGCGUGGCGACAUUCUAGUCGACUUUGGCGGCGAGACUAUCACCACCAAGGAGGGCGACGGCCCUUUCUCCGUCGAGGUCCGUAACCAGAUGUCGCUCGACGACGGACCCAGCGGCGGGCCCGCCCGGGAGCCCGCGCCGGAAAUCGCGUUCGCGCCCGCGACCGACAGCGAGGAUAUGGAGGCUAGCGACGACGACGACGAGGACGUCGUCGGACAACUUGGCUCGGUCGCCUGCGGCUUGCGCGAGGGCGUGGUCGAGGAGCUGGAAGUGCUCGCCGCCUCGCAGAUUCUCAUGAAGAACUGCAGCAAGACGGACCAACUGCUGGCCGUUAAGGAGCCCGACGACGUGCUCAGCGACGCGGGCCACACCGACAUCGAGGAUCUCGAGUAGGUCCGCUCGAGCCGCCGCCUCGUCGCGCGCGAUACCGAUGCUGCCUGAUUGUCCUUCGUCCUUCGUACGGCAUGCUUCGAGGAGCAGUGACGGUUCAUACCAUCGUCCUCUUUUCUGUCGAUAACACUCUUCUUGUCAACCCGCUUAGACUUUUUAUACGAAAUGGCUCUCUCGCGACUUGGAUUCAAUGCAGAACCUAUUUUUUGCAUCCAAUGAUUUUUUCGUGCACGUACCUGUUUUUUUUUUUCUGUUUUCUUUUUGCCUUUCGUUUUUACAGACGUCAACGAGUCAACGAGUCAUAGCGAUUCAAUCAUUCUGUCCAUUCUAAAUUAUGUAUAAUUAACUACCACCGCCGUACAACCAGACCAAUCAAUUAGCUAACGUAACAAGAGCUGUUCGUUGCUCUCCUACUGCUCUGAAUUGAGCCACUCUGAAAUUUCUUAUGUCUAAUCUAUUUACAGACAUAGCUUCCGUUCUCGACACUGUCGCGUUAUUUUCAAAUAAUUCACUUCUGGAAAGCUUCACGUCGUUAACAAUGAAUGUGACCGAAGUAACCUUACCUCGAUAAUUAAUGAUCAUUAUAGAGUUACUAAACUCGGAUACAUACUUAAUCAUAUAUCUUUCAAUUUGGUCAAUGUUCAAAUCACCAUUCCUACCGACGAAUACGUCUUACAGAACAAAAACAAUGCCAAAGCAACUGAAUAUACACUAAGUGCAAUUAAUUUAUUUUUAAAUAUUACCCGAGUUGGAUUUUCACAUUAGCUUUACCACGUGUUAACUAUUUAUACACAAGCCACUAUUGCUAUUCUAUAAUCGUUAGUUAAAUAUAUCUAUAUAUUUUAUCGAACCGUUAUGUCUAAAACGUAAAGAGCGUGUUCGCAUGAACAUUUCAUCUUCUAUUAUCAUAUAAUAAAAGUUUUAUUUACUCGAGCAUCAAAGUACCUGAAUCAACGCUGUUGCAGAGCUGAUUGUGCAAGUGAGCCGAAGGGGCUGUUUAGCCACCUGUAAAUCCUCCAAAUAAAUGCAACUUUAUCAAACU